AUGGAAGAGUGGUCCCAAACUCAACAUGGUGACAAUGAAUUCCCCCGAAACCAAACAACGAAUCACGAUGAUAAUAAUCAUCGUGACCCUGUAGGCGCUAUAUCGCUUUCUAAUACUCAAUUACCACAUUUUACCUCAGGAACUUACAUUGUUCAAGUCCCGAAAGACCAAAUCUAUCGUGUCCCACGACCCGAAAAUGCUCUCAUUAUCGAGAACCAUCGGAAUAGGAUCAACCAACAAGGGGGGAGUUCUCGUUCUUCUUGUUGUUCUCGUCGUUAUAUAUGUGUGGUUGUAACGUUAGUAGUUGUUGGAAUUAUUAUUGGUUUGGUAAUAGGUCUUACCAAAUUACUUACCAAGCAUGAUGAUCCACAAUUUAACGUGAAGCAAGUGAUAGUCAAGAAAUUACAAAAGAAUCAGCACGAUAAACGUCCUCAUUAUGAAUAUGACAUUACAAUUGAAGCCAAGAACCCGAAUCAAAUGUCAAGAAUUUCGUAUAGUUAUAAAGGGAACGGUGAUAUUUCCUUGUAUUUCAAGAAGAAGAAAAUUGCUCGCGGGGAUUUUCCUAAUUUAGAUCAAUACCCUAAGAGUUCGACAGAUUUUGAUGUUAUUCUAGGCAAUGAGGAAAUCGAUAAAUUGCCUGAGGAGGUAGAAAGGAGCAUGAAUAGCACGAAUUCGAAGAAUCAACGUUUAUCUUUGUCUCUAUCAAUGGAUGUGCCUAUCGAAUUUAAAGUUUGGGGAAUAAGUUCAAAAUGUAAAAAUAUUAGGGUGUCUUGUAGUUUGAUUGUGAAUUCAUUGACCAAAAAUAGUCAGGAGGUUAUUGAUUCGAGCUAUGAAAAUUCUCGUUCAGAAAUAUAA